AUGGUCAACCUCGCGGUGGUGAGCGAAUUCCUCCUGCAGGGUUUCUCGGAGGUCUGGGAGCUGCAGCUCUUUCACGCCGCGCUGUUUCUCCUGGUCUACCUGGUGGCUAAGAUGGAAAAUCUCCUCAUUGUCCCCAUUACAGCCCUCGACCGGCGCCAUCCUCACUCCCAUGUCUCCUUUGUGAUUGUGUUUGACGGCACAGAGCCUUUCUGCUGGUCCUAUGUGAUCGCACAGUUUUUCUGCGACGUCCCAUCUGUCAUAAGACUCUCUCGCUCUAAAACUUAUGCAGCCUUCAAGACCUCCAGCUCCUCCUUCGGACUGGACCUGCCGGUGUCCAUGUUCUACACCAUGACAGAAUUCCCACUCAUGGGAUUCACGGAGGUCCGGGAGCUGCAGCUGGUCCAGGCUACGCUGUUACUCCUGGUCUUCCGGGCAGCCCUGAUGGGUAAUCCCCUUAUCAUCGCCAUCACCACCCUCAUCCGGCAACUCCACACUUCCAUCUACUUCUUCCUCAGGAACCGCUACGAUAUCGUCCUGGCUCGAGGAGCCUGUGGAAAGAUGGCCACCGCCUCCUGGAACAGCGGGGGCCUUAUAUUUAUCUACGUCAAGUCGCCCGAAGACUCCUCCUUUAUCGUGGACCUGCUGGUUUCCGUGUUCUAUAUGGUGGUGGCCCCCUCCAUGAACCUCCUCAUCUACCGCCUGAGGAACCAGAACAUGAAUGCCGCCAUGGGCAGGAUCCAGAAAGGGAGCCUCAGGAACCACGUGAACAGAGAAAGUCAAUGCGGCAUCCCUAAAAUGUCCAAUGUCUCCACGGUGAUGGGAUUCUUCCUGCUGGAUUUCUUGGAGAUCUGGGAGCUGCAUCUGGUCAUGACGGUGUUCCUCCUGGUUUACCUGGAGCCUUUCCGGAGAAUCUCGUGA